AUUGCAUUGAUGCGAAUAUCUAAUUAGAAUGAGCUGAAAAUUCGAUUAGUACUAUACUGUACUCUAUUUUUUUUUUUUUUUUUUUUAUAAACAAAUAACGAUAGCCACAUUCUCAAAAUGCUGAACACUAAAAUUAUUCGCCAUUUAAAACUUUCAUUAUGUACAUGUUUAAUAUCAUACAUUCAAUUUGUUAUUGGCUGUUCUCUCGUAUUUUCAUCUAUUCUUUUAGCAAAACUAAAAGAACCGACGAGUCACAUCAAAAUAAAUAUCGAAGAAGAAUCAUGGAUAGCUAGUGUUCCAAUACUUAUAUGCCCUAUUGGUUUACUUGUAAUUGGUGUCUUAGCGGAUAAAAUUGGCAGAAGAAAAGCACUUCAAAUUGCUUACAUACCUCUAAUUACAAGUUGGUUAGUACUUGCAUAUGCCAAUUCUUUAAAAUCCAUAAUAAUUGGAAGAAUUAUACUUGGAAUUUCUCUAGGUUCGGGAUUGUCGUGCACCUAUCUGUACCUAGGCGAGGUGUGCCCAACCGAAUACCGACAGCUGUCAUUCUCCGUGGCCACGAUCUUCGUGGGCGUCGGCAUGAUGUCCGAGUUCAUAUUCGCCAUGUUCUUCCACUGGCAGACCGUGUCCAUGAUACUGUUCGUGAUCAGCGUCAUCGGAUGCGGGUCACUUUUUCUGCUUCCGGAGACGCCGAUGUGGCUGCGAAAGCAAGGGCGGAUCCGCGAGGCGGAAGCGGCGAAAAAAUGGCUGUGUGAGGACCGAACGGCCGCCGCCACCGUGGUCGCAGCCAACACGAUUGCAGCCGCCGACGAUGUGGUGGAUGUAACCCGAACCGGAUGGAGAUUGGUGACGGAGCCGAUCGUGUGGAAGCCGAUGCUGCUGACGUUCACGUUCUUUGUGUGCCAGCAGGGCAGCGGCUUCUACGUGCUGCUGUUCUAUUCGGUGGACAUGCUGAAGGACAGCCACGUGCAGUGGGACGGGUUCACGGUCACCGUGUUUCUGUCCGUGGCCCGGGUUGUGGGUAGUCUGGUGUUCUCCAUGCUGCACCACGUUCGACGGAAGACGCUCACUGUAGUCUCCGGCUGUGGCAUGGCCCUAUCGCUGGUCGUCAUCGUCAGCUACAUCCACAUGUACAGGGACGUGACCGAUCCACCCUACGGAAUUCUUCAGAUCUUCGCCUUCAUCAUGUACAUGUUCUUCGCUCUUCUAGCCAUGCUACCACUGCCUUGGAUCAUUUGCGGCGAAAUUUUCCCGAUGUCCAUCAAAGGUACCAUAUCUGGCAUUAUUCAAGUUUUCGCCUAUGAAAUUAUGUUCAUAGUCAUUAAAAUAUAUCCUUUCUUAGUAUUGAACUAUGGAAUAGAAUAUGUUUUUACAGCAUUUGCAGCCUUCUCAUUGGCAAGUGCUUUUUUUGGUGCAUUCGUAAUGCCAGAAACGAAAGGAAAAUCUCUCAAUGAAAUUUUAAGAUCAUUCGAGUCACGCAAAAAAUCGAUGAAAAAUAAUUUGCCUUGACAUUGUAAAUAAAAUGUAUCAUAUUACCU